GUAUUUAUAGGUAAAUAAGGCAUUUCACAAAUAAACUUUUUUCAUUAUAUAAGUAGCCUUUCACAAAACAACUCAGAUUGAGAAUCAUCUAAUUCUAAUUCUAUUUGUGACAUAGAAUAGCAUCUCUUGUCCCGAUAUUGAUGAAAUACAUCGAUAGACCCAAGGUAAAUUGUAUUACACAGUAAUUGGCUUGGGAAUCACAAUAAUCAUAUUGUCUCUUUAGAAUGUAUAGCAUGGCAUCGAUUUUUUUUCUGAAAAGUUUGGUUUGAGUUCAGAACAGUCUUCUAGUGUUAAUUAGUAUUGAAAUAUUUCAACCAACUACACGUCCAUUUCAGAAACAAAUGAACGCACAACUGGUAACGCUGUCGUAUCUAGGGUCCUUUGAAAAUGGAAGUACUGCACAGUCUGGAAACAGCUCCAAUCCAUUGGAGAAACACAUACCCGUGUGUCACCCCAGCGUGUGGUUUAUGUGUGCGACUUACGUUCUUUCUUUGCUGCCUUUGGUUUUAGGGAUUAUUGCAAAUGGCGUGUUGUGUUUCCAGAUCCUUAGGGCAAGGUCAUACCGAUCCACGACCUUCACCUGUAUUCUGGUCCUCUCUGUAAGUGACAUCUUGUCAUCUGUAUCCAUGAUCGCCGCCAUUGUUGAUCUGAACAUGAAGUUUAUUCAUACGACCUCCAUUUCUCAAAUUUUUGAGAUCGUGGAUCGGAAUAUUCUGAUUGUCAUGGUGACGGCGGUAUUGUGGUCCAAUGAGAACACCGUGUUGUUUGCUUUAGAGAGAUAUUACCUAAUGAAGAAUCCCAUCAAGUAUGCGAGACAGCAGACACCCAAGAGGAUUCUGUUGAAAUCCAUCAUAUCUUUGAUCCUUACUGGUGCUCUUAACGUCUUUGUUAUCUUUUUGAUUGUUCAAUUAAUUUGUAAGCGGAUGGAUGCCCAUUGCAUCAUGCCGUAUUUUGGUGCUUUGGGGACGAUAUUUUGGAUUGUCACUCUUGUGUUAUUGAUUGUGAUACAUCGGGCUAAAAUUAAACGAUUGCGUAAGACAAAUCUGGCACCCGAACUUCAAGUCAAUCGCACUACUUCCAGAAUGACGAAAUCUGUGUAUGCUAUAUUGAUAGUGUAUUUUAUCUCUAAUGGACCUUUCCUCAUUGUAGAUGUUUUGAAGUUCAUGGAAAUGUUCUGCACGUUUUCCUGGAGCGCAAAUUCGCCACUGAUUUUCAAUAUCUGUUUCUUUUUCAAUUCUAUCAAAUUUACAGCAAAUCCGUUUAUAUACUACUUUUGUGCCAAAACCAAAUGUACAAUUUGUGCAUAUUCCAGGAAAAAUACCAGGGCUACUGUAUAAAUGUUUGCAACGUAGAAAAUGGUUACAAAGAUAGUCAAAGUAAUAAUCAUUAUUUAGAAUUUUAAUUCAACUACAUUUAAUUUUGUGAUAAUUGAUUUUAUUAAUGAGAUUAUUUUAUUGAUCUUGUUGUAUCUACUGAUGAUGAUGAUGAUGAUGAUGAUGAUGAUGAUGUGACUUAAUAUUGUUUGUUUGUUGUUUUGUUGUUUAAUAAAUAAAUAGUUCCGA